AUGGACUGCCUUUCGAAACCCAAGUCUGCAGUGUCUCAUAGUGCCAAGGCACAUUACGUCGAGAAGCAGUUCAAUUGGACUGCUCCAGCAGGCUUAAAAGAUAACGUCAGGUUUAGGGCUACUAUUGUUCACAAAAAGGAGGUGUUUUGGGAGAACGUAUUCUCAAUCAUGAUGACAUACGAUGUAUCGGAAGAAAUCACUUCCAAUACUUCCUCGACUACAGCUAACACAACUACUAAUUCUACAACAACAGUGACUGAUACAACUACCCACAUUACUGUCGCCACUACUACGACAGCACCCAGUGAAGCUGCUACGCUCGCAACAAACCUCCUCGCCAUGGCCAUCUUUAUUAUUUUUCUGUUACAUUAGAACAUUGUUGGCAUUGAAUCUGUAUAAUGAUACAACAUGCCUUAGGGGACUUUCCAAACAUAUCACGUCUACUGCAUAACAAUGACA